UUUGUAAGUCUUUUAACAAAUUAAUCAUUUGACUUUAUAAUAUGAUUGUAUAUAAAUGUAUUAAGUACAAAUAAAUAAUUAUAUAGAUUCCCUGAAGCAGCGAUGUAUAUAGGUCGUCCAGCUGCUCUUAGGGCUAUUGCAGGAGCUAGGCAUCGGAACAAUCCUCCUAUUCCAGAUUCUUUAGCAGACUGGAUAAAUAUUUUGAAUUCUAAUGAAUGGGGCCCAAGAUUGCGAUAUGUUAAUGGAUCAAUGACUCCUUUUUACCAAGGCCCCUUGGAGUUAUUGAGAGAUGAUGGAAGUACACGCUUUGUAGGACUCGUGUUUACCAACAAUACUUUCAUGCAGGAAUUGAAUGCACACCUCGAAGGAGUACGAACAAUGUGUAUGGACGGAACUUUUCAAAUAAGACCACGGAAACCAGCUGACAUAGAACAGUUGUUUACAGUACAAAUUAUUUUUAAUAAUGUGGCAAUUCCAAUUAUACAUGCCCUACUAGUUGAUCGCCAAACCGAGUCCUACAUCCGGGUACUCCAAUUUCUAAGGUGUUAG